GAUACCUGAACUAUAAAUGUCAAUUCAUAAGUAAUUCAACUCUUGAUUUUUUUCUACCUGGGUCCUUUCGUUAGAUCUGGUUUGACGCCGUUAGUUUUUCCGGCGAACUUGGUCGGAAAAACUCAAAUCCGGUGAGCUCGAAUUUUCCGACGAAGCUAAUUUAAACACUAAAAGUUACGAAAAUUAUAUGAAUAUGCUCAUAAUCACACGAUCUAUCAAUCUACAUCAUUAUAAUUCGAAUAAAAGCUAUUAAAAUGAAAACUAAUAUUCAACUCAAAAUUCGGAAAUUACCAAACUAAAUUUUGAUGGUAUAGAUGGAUAGGCGAUUGAAAAACGAGCAAUUCGAUUACUCAAGCUUCAAAUCUGGAUACCGGAAUCACCUUCAAAAUUAUCUUUGAUUCUCAUGAACUUAAGAAGAACUAACGACGUCAAAUCAGAUCUAACGGAAGGACCUAGAUAGGAAAAAAAAUUAAGAGUUGAAUUACUUAUGAAUUGACAUUUAUAGUGACCUAGAAAAAAAAAGUGCCUAUAGUUUAUAGACUUUAGAAUUAAUAUUCCCAUUUAGUUAUUACCGCCCUGAACAAAUCCUUCAGAUUUCAUAUUGAAAACGACGUAGUCCUCCAGUGCUUUACAUCGAAAAGAGGUUGAAUUAUAUUUCCGUUUGUACCCCUGUCACUUCAUAUCCGUUGAAAAACAUAAACUAAUGUCAGUUGUUUGGAGAAGCUACAUCGGAGUUUCAUAGGUUUCCAAUUAGGGUUUGGCUGCGCACAUCCUUGAAUGCAAUUACGAGGUAUGGAUCGGUCUUUACUUUUCUUAAUUCACGUAAUUCUCUGGAACUUACGAAAGACUAAAGACUUAGUGAACGCGUUACAUCAAGUAGGAGAACUUGUACUAUCAAUAGCAGCUAAAGAAUUUGCAGUUCCUAUGAUUUUAAUGAAUCAUGAAGAAACAGAUGAGGCCAUGGUGAUGAGGUGUUUAAUAGCGCUAGUUCUGAUUGUGUUGAAAAGUCUUUUUAAGUGUCAAGAAGCUUUUGUAGAUGUGUUGAGAGAAGCAGAGGGAGCGGUGAUUAAGUUUUGUAUGGAGAGUGAAAGGCCGAGAGUGGCGGUGAUUAUGUCGGCACCUGCUCGGUGGUGUGAACUUGAUUUGAAUUUGCUGGAAGAAAUUAGGGGGAGACUCAGAAGUCCUACUGACCAGGCGCGUUUUCGUGGGGUGUGUAAGGCUUGGCAUGAUGUUCGUCCGGUUAAAAUGAUGAAAUCGAUACCGUGGCAAGUUAAAUUGGACCGUGAAAUUCCGAAGGCUGCUGAUAAGUUAGAAUUUCGAGUGUAUGACCCGUCAUCAAUGUCUGCUUUUGUUCAUAAUAUCUUUUGGGCUGAUUUAGGUAUUCCCUCUCCUUCGUCUUAUAAGAAUAUAGGGGCUAGUCGUAAGAAUAACUGGUUUUUUAUUUGUAUUAGUAAGCCAAGAUUGUUUUUUUGGACGCGUAGAUACUUUUUAUUUCAUACCCCAUACACCAGAAAAACUAUCAAACUCCCAACAUUAGACUAUCCAUCUCGUUUUAAGUUCAGAAGAACGUUCUCCACUGACCCUGAGUCUCCGAAUUGUGUCUUCUUUCUUUCGGAUACUUUUGAUGCAGACAAAAUUGUUGUUAUAACAUAUUGCAAGAGUGACACAAAAUGGACGGCUAGAGAGUUUGAAAGAGUUCAGGAGUUUGUCCCUUGUGAUUGCAUCCCUAUAUACUUUCGAGAAAUCUUCUACCUUGUUUCUCCCUUUGGACAAGUCGCAUCCUAUAAUAUUGUUGAUGACGAAUUUAAGUUUGAGAGUUUGUUAAUAGAUGAAAGUUUUGUUCUAAAUUACAAUUCAUUUAGGAUAUACCAAGUGUUUGAGUUAAAUGGAGAGCUCAUGCUCAUUUAUUUUGGCUCAAAGAAAAAGGACAAUGACAGUCGCCCCGGCAAGCAGUGUAUAAGAAUGUAUGAUUGGUCAAACAAGGUUUGGAUUCCAGUGAGCACCCUUGGGGAUAAUGCAAUAUUUGUUGGCGACCAAAUUCUUUCAGUUGCUAUAGUUAAUACAGAGGAAACGAAAAAUUGUGGAGUAUUACCAAACAAGAUAUAUCGCUUUUAUGAUUUUGGGUGCAUUAUUUAUUCCUUGGAGGAUGGCAACUUAGUCGAAUAUACGCCUAUGUAUUCUAACUUACUGGGGGAUGGUUGUGGUGAUUUACCUGAAUUCAAGUACAAUUGUGGGAUUACAUUUUGGGAUGCGACCAAGGCGUUUUAUUGGUUGGAACCGCCCACUGUCAUGUACAAACAAUCAAGCAGAUUUCAUGCUAGUACCUAAAGCAGAUUGUAAAGUGCCCUGCUGUGCAAUUAGCAAAAAGAAAAAAAAAGAAAAAAAAAGUGCCAGUGUUGUGGUGGUCGACGCGCCUUACCUGCAUGGAAAAAACAAGGCGGAGAGAAGAAAAGCUAUACUUUGUAUGUGAUUGCAGAUGAUUAUGCUGGUGACUUGGCUUUUCUUGAUCAUGAGCUUGAAGUUAAAAUUCCCUAUAAAUAGAAAAAAAAAAGUGAAAAAAAAGAGAGAGAAGUUAUAUAUUGUGCGGGGCCUUUUUAUUUUUGAAGUGUUCUGUUGUUUAUUUUUAGUAAGCUUUCAGUUUAUCUUAACUUAUCCAAUUUGGUGAAUUGGAUGUAUAAUUAUGUAUUGUUGUGAGAUUAUAAUGUGAUAUAUACAUCAGCUCCUUGUUGUUU